AUGUCUAUUAAUAUGAACUUACUUGGAAUUCAACUUAGAACCCGUCAAAGAUGCCGGCAAAUAUUUUGUACAAUCCGAGCUUCCUCCACCACACCGGAAAUCGAUUCUUUGAAAGAGUCUGAUAUAUGCUACCCGACAAAAAGGAAAAAGUAUAGACAUCUAUUAACAUCAUCUUACAAUAAAUCGAAGAAUCGAAUUAAAAAUUCGACUCUUGAAAAGCAGUAUAAACAAAUUGCAAUUUCAGUCACUCCUUUGUACUCUAUGUCAUAUGAUGAUCAACUAAAGUAUAAAACUGUACAAGUAAAUGAAUGCCUCCGGAAAACAAUGAGAAAAUAUGUCCUGACAAAUAACCUACCUCUCUCUGAGUUGCUUAUUAAAAAUAUUGAAAAGACAAAUGGCAGCUUGUGCCCAAUGGAGCCAUGUCUACCUUCUCCUCUGGUUCAUGGAUAUCGUAUGAAAGAUGAGUUUGUUGUCGGGCGCAGCCUAGAUGGAAAUCCUAAAACUGUGGGCCUUACUGUAGGCAAAGGUAUGAAUUCUUUCUGCGUUCCAGUCACAUAUUUAUCAAACAUCAGUGAAAAACAUAAAGAAAUCGCUAAAGUCUUUCAAGAGUUCAUAAGAUCCAGCAAAUUUGAACCAUACACUAAACAUCUUAGUACUUCCAACAAUCAAACUUAUUAUUCCUCUGGUCAUUGGCGCCUUAUCUGCACAAGAUCAACUUCUUCGGAUGAGUCAAUGUCCUAUGUCAUAUUUCACCCACGAAGAAAACCCCAGGAAGUAAUAGAAGAGGCCAAAGAAGAAUUAAAGAAUUUUUACCUGCAUGGUCCUGGAAGACUCUGUGGCAUAAGCACCAUGUUCUUUCAGCCUACAUGGAAGUCCCGAACAAAUGCACAUAUUAUCCCAUUUGAGCUGCUCUAUGGCCAGCCAUAUGUGACAGAGACAUUACUUGGCUACAAAUUCCAAAUCUCUCCAGAUUCUUUUUUCCAAAUCAACACGAGUGCUGCUGAAGUUCUCUACUCUGUAAUAAAAGACAGUGCCAAAUUGACACCCAAUGAAGUCAUUCUUGACAUCUGCUGUGGUACAGGGUCAAUUGGAAUUGUACUAGCACCAAAUGCCAAACGAUUAUUUGGUGUUGAAAUUAUUCAAGAUGCAGUCAAUGAUGCCAAAGUAAAUGCUGAAAUAAAUGGUGUGACAAAUGCAGACUUCAUUUGUUCUAGAGCAAGUCUGGCCCUCAAGCAAAUUUCUCUUGGGACAUAUUUUGAUCCCAGUGAAACUGCCGUAGCUGUAAUAAACCCAGGACGAUCUGGUGUCAGUAAAUCUGUGAUUCGGUCCAUCCGGAGGUGCAAGCCAAUCAAACGUUUAGUCUAUGUUACUUGCCGUCCUAUUGGUAACACUCUAACUAAUUUCAUUGAUCUAUGUCGACCUCCCAAUGAAGAAUUUUCUGGUGAAGCUUUUGUUCCAGUACAUGCUGUCCCUGUAGAUAUGUUUCCUCAAACACUUCACUGUGAACUUGUCGUUUGUAAAAAGUCGGUCAAUCCAAAAGAAAAGAAAGAAAAUAGGGGAUUGCUAAUCAAGUUAUCACUUACCGUGCCCCCCCACCCCCGCCACCUUAUUAUUCUCUUCUCUUUCUCUUCGUUAUCUUUUUUUCCCGAAUUUUCCUCUCUUCUCACCUCUAUUUUUUCUUUCUUUCUUGUUUGUUCUUCCUGA